AUGGAGUCCGCCAAUCCUCAGCCCGCUGAUGGCAAUAUGCCUCCUAAGACCAAAGUUGAGGUCAAAGAAGACCCGGAGCCUGCAGCCUCUUGUAACACGGAUGUGGAAUUCCUCCGAGUAUCGAAGGUCAAGAAGGAAGAACCCGACGACGACAAGGUCGAUAUCAGCCUGCCCGAAGCUCGAGAUGGGGAUGAUAUGUUUGAGGAUGUAGAUGGUCCGGAGGUUGUCGAUCUCACAUAUGAGGGCAUUGCUGAAAUCAACGGGGUCGACCAUUUUGUGUGUGAAGACAAUAUUGAGAGCGGCCACAUUAUCCUGGAUCCCGAUUACCAAAGAGAAGUUGUCUGGGACGAAGGGCGCGCCUCUUUACUCAUCACAUCUAUAUUAAUGGGUUAUUUUAUCCCUCCUAUUAUUUUUAAUGUUAAGAACAAAAUUAUUGAAAAGAAUGGCCAGAAGCAACUUGCAUAUACCCGUAUUUGCGUCGAUGGCAAGCAGCGGCUGACAUCAGUCCACAAAUUUAUGACCGGUCAGAUCGGGUUCUUCGAUUCCAACUCGCCACAAAAGAAGUGGUACUAUUGCCAUCCGACCUUUUUCGGACGUGAGAGCUUCAGCAAUCAUAAUAUCUUACCGAAAGCAGUUAAAGACUUCUUCAUUUCGCAAGCAUUUUGUUGCUAUGAGUACACCGAAUUAAAGCUAGAAACCGAAGAAACCAUGUUUCAGCUCGUCCAGCGUGGAAUAGCGCUUACGCCAGCAGAGAAAAUGCGAGCUAUGUCUACAGAGUGGGCAACAUUUACCAAGCAGUACGAGGAUGAUUAUACACUGAUUGUCAAUCUAUCAAAACAAACUCGGGCAUCUGGUUUCCGCUUAGUCUUGACAAUAUUUACUAUGAUCCAGGAAGUCAUGUCGGGGAAGAGAAAGAGGUCAGCCGCACCUACUCUUCAAGCAAGCCCCCAGGCGCUACUCAAGGUCCUCGAAGACAAGGCUCCGAUCCCGGAAGCCCUUAAAUUGAGGUUUAAGGCUAUAUUUGACAGAUACGAGAAUCUGGUCAAGAUCUCGUCCACCCAAGUAACUGCCACUCGAUUCAAGGUGAAGGAGAACUCGGUUUUUGAUCCAGCUCCAGAAUUCUUACGAGCCCCUGGCGUUGAGCAUGUCCGUACAUUUUCGCCCUUGGAACUCAUCGGCACGGCAAUUCUGGUGUCUUCCCACAUGGAGCACCGUGCCGAUCAGGAACUACUGGAGGAUGUCAAGGCAAUGCGCUACUAUCUGCGUAUCAAGCAUAAGGACCUGCGAGUUAAUGCCCAAUGCUGGUUUACUGUAUGGGAAUUUGUUUACGGGGAGAUGGCUCGUCGACGUGCUGCUGGGGUAACACAAGGACUGGGUUCUAUCGGCAAUCUGCCUUUACAAUCUGGGCCACCUAUUGUCGCACCGCCUACCGGAGUGACCCCAUAUGCCUCUCCAUACGGCCCUGCAACUGGUGGCACUCCCGCCGACGUUGCAUCUGCUGAGGAAACUUCCACUGCGCCUGGUAGUGGCGGGGCGUCUCAAUCGGGGCUACCUGAAGGGGCAAACUCCGAUGUCAUAUCGCCUGGUGGGACGGCAGUUCAAAGUAGUGCUGCAACCUCGUCAGAUGCUGCUAGUGGUGAUACUGGAAAGGGUGGUGAACCCCAGUCAGGGGAACCGACUGCUCCCGUUUCUCCACCCAAUAUUGCCCACGAGGACAUGAAAGGAAACACAGCUAGCUCCCCUCUCCCUCAAGAUGCAAGUAACAGCGCCAGUUCUCCUACCAACGAUACGGAUGAGGAAGAAGAUAUCAGGACAAGCAGGCGUAGCACCAGAUCAUCCAACAUCAUAGUGCCAAGCGCAGCCUCAUCAAAGCAUCGCAGAAGCUCGUCGAAGUCUGCUCCGCCACGGAAGAAGAUCAAGCAAAGGUCUUAG